AUGGAAGAAUCAAAUCAAAUCAAUAGACCCAAAACAAAAUACAUUUAUUUACCUUUUCCGUUUGGAGUGAUCGAUGGUGGAGGAUGUUGGGAAUCGGGGAAUCGGAGAAUGGGAAUGAUGAGAGAGAGUUGGUCUCGAUUUGUGCUCGCUCUGCGAUUCUGCGAAUGGGUUGGCGAAGAGAGCUGGAGGUCAUGGACUAUGGAGGCGUCGGCCGGGAGAAAGAGAGACCAAGCGAGCGACUGA